AUGUCGGAAGAACAGGCACAAACUCCCAUCGUUGACGAGGCCCUCAAGGACUAUGCUCCUUUUAGGAUCCUCCCUCCCGGUGGUCCUCUAAACAGGUGGUCUCAUUUCAUCACCAAGGGCCAUGACUUCCCCGGUGCUCAGACUGACAAAGACACCAUGCCUAAGGCCAUGCUGUACGGCGCCGGCGUCCCGAACGAGGAUAUGAUGAAGAAUGCCCCUCAAGUCGGUGUUGCCAGCGUCUGGUGGGAGGGUAACCCAUGCAACAUGCAUUUGAUGGACCUCGGAAAAACUGUCAAGCGCGCAGUUGAAGCACGCGGUAUGAUCGGCUGGCAAUUCAACACUGUCGGAGUCUCGGACGCUAUUACUAUGGGCGGCGAAGGCACCAUCUUGAAGGGCUACUCUGACCUUUUGGAGGAUCACAUCAAUAUUAGUACCUGCUACGAAGCCUCUGGAGCGUACACCUACGGUAGACUCAAUGCCAAGUGCGGCUCUGGGGAGCCUGGCCGCGGACCUUCCGACGUUAUGUCUGAUAUCGAGAAGCAUGCGUGCCCCGGAGCUGGCGCAUGCGGCGGUAUGUAUACUGCGAACACCAUGGCCACUGCUAUCGAGGCCAUGGGCCUAACUCUUCCUGGCUCAUCGUCCUUCCCCGCCGUCUCGCCCGAGAAGGCCCGUGAGUGUGAAAAUGUGGCCGAUGCAAUCAAAGUUAUCAUGGAAAAGGAUAUUAGGCCCCGCCAAAUCCUCACUCGAGCUGCCUUUGAGAACGCUCUCGUCCUAACCAUGAUCCUUGGUGGAUCUACCAAUGGCGUGCUUCACUUCCUAGCUAUGGCCAACACAGCUGAUUACUACAUGGAAGACCUGUACAAGAUCGGUGGUACUCCAGCUGUUAUCAAGAUGCUCAUCGCCGCCCGCUAUCUUGAUGGUUCCAUCUUGACUGUUACCGGCAAAACCCUCGCCGAGAACGUUGCCGACUGGCCCUCUCUAGAUCCCAAUCAGACUAUCAUCCGACCGCUCUCUAAUCCUAUCAAGGAGACGGGCCAUAUUCGCGUGCUCCGAGGCAACCUAGCCCCUGGCGGCGCGGUGGCCAAGAUCACCGGUAAGGAGGGCCUGAGCUUCACUGGCCGGGCUCGCGUCUUUAACAAGGAGCACGAGCUUGACGAGGCCCUUGCUGCCGGAAGCAUCACUAAGGAGGACGGCAACCUCGUUCUCAUCGUGCGCUACGAAGGCCCCAAGGGUGGCCCUGGCAUGCCGGAACAGCUCAAAGCUAGCGCUGCCAUCAUGGGCGCUGGAUUAGACAACCUUGCUCUCGUCACCGAUGGAAGGUACAGCGGUGCUAGUCACGGCUUCAUUGUUGGUCACGUUGUACCUGAGGCUGCUGUUGGCGGUCCCCUCGCUCUCGUUCGAGACGGUGAUGUCGUCACUAUCGAUGCCAUUGAAAACAAGCUACAGGCAGACGUAAGCGACGAGGAGAUGGAGCGGAGAAAGGAAGAGUGGCUUGCGAAUCCGUGGAAGCCCAAGAUUAGGCGCGGUGUUUUGGCAAAGUACGCGAGGCUUGUCGGUGAUGCUAGCCACGGCGCCGUUACGGACCAGAAUCUGGGUUGGUAA